CUUAACACAACUCAGCCAUUGAAAAGCCAAGAAAAUGUCCAACUUCAAGAAGUUCUGCCUGUGCCUUGCGAUCCCUCUGAUGUGGACUUUUGUAGCAGCCAACACGCCUUUUAGACAAUGUGCCGACAGCAGUUAUAACCAGCCACUGAUGGUGCAGAUCGAUCAAUGUGACACCUUGCCCUGCGAUUUGUGGAAAGGAACUGAGGCCAAGAUCGACAUCCAGUUUGUUGCCACUCGCAAUUCGAUGAAGAAGUUGACGGCGGAAGUGCACCUGACCUCGUUGGGGGUGACGAUACCCUAUGACCUGGAGGCUGCCCGCGGCAAUGUGUGCGGCAACCUCCUGCACGGCGCCUACUGUCCUUUGGACGCUGGCGAAGAUGUGACCUACCACCUGCUCCUGCCGGUGACCACCAACCAGCCGGAGGUGCCCACUCGCCUCGAGGUGCGACUGCUGGACUCCGAGGACGGGGAUCGGGUGGUGUCCUGCUUCCUGGCCGACACCCGUGUCAAGAAGCCCAGUUCGGGAGCUUAG